UAGACAAUAUGGCUGUCGAACACUCUUUCCAAGUAGCUAACAAUGCUUCCUGUGAUGACGAUGGGCAUCCGAAAAGAACUGGAACCUUAUGGAGUUGCGUCGCUCAUAUCAUUACUGCUGCUAUUGGAGCUGGGGUUCUGUCUCUGGCAUGGAGUGCUUCACAGUUAGGAUGGAUAGCAGGGCCAGUUACUUUGCUCUGCUUCGGAAUUAUCACCUAUAUUUCUGCUUCCCUCCUUUCCGAUUGUUACAGGUCUCCUGACUCCAUAACCGGAACACGAAACUACUCUUAUAUGGAUGCUGUUAGAGUGAAUCUUGGAAGAAAACAUACGUGGUUUUGUGGUUUGCUUCAAUAUUUCAGCUUAUAUGGGACUGAUAUUGCUUAUGUAAUCACUACAGCAACCAGUAUGAGAGCAAUUCAGAGAUCAAACUGUUACCACAGAGAAGGGCACCAAGCUGCAUGUGCAUAUGGGGAUACUUUCUACAUGCUUCUGUUUGGACUUAUUCAGAUUGUCAUGUCACAGAUUCCAGAUUUCCAUAGCAUGGAAUGGCUUUCGAUCGUUGCUGCAAUCAUGUCCUUUACCUACUCUUUUAUUGGAUUCGGACUUGGCUUUGCAAAAGUAAUAGAAAAUGGGAAGAUUAUGGGGAGCAUUUCAGGAGUCCCAGCAGCCAAUGUUGCUGAUAAAUUAUGGUUAACUUUUCAAGCGCUUGGGGACAUAGCAUUUGCCUAUCCAUACUCAAUUAUUGUUCUUGAGAUACAGGACACUUUGAGGUCCCCUCCUCCAGAAAACCAGACCAUGAAGAAGGCUUCCAUGGCUGCCGUCUUUAUCACAACUUUCAUCUUCCUCUGCUGUGGAUGCUUUGGAUAUGCAGCCUUUGGGAAUGCUACACCAGGAAACCUAUUGACUGGAUUUGGUUUCUAUGAACCUUACUGGCUCAUUGACCUUGCCAAUGCUUGCAUUUGUCUCCAUUUGGUGGGAGGAUAUCAGAUCUUUAGUCAGCCAGUGUUUGCAUUUGUUGAAAGGUGGUUUACCAAGAAAUUUCCAAACAGUGGGUUUGUAAAUAAUUUCUACACCUUCAAACUCCCACUGUUGCCGGCAUUCAAGUGGAAUCUUCUCAGGCUAUGUUUCCGAACUGCAUAUGUCAUAUCAACAACUGUUAUUGCAAUCCUGUUCCCUUUCUUCAACCAAGUCUUGGGAGUGUUAGGGGCCGUGACCUUCUGGCCUUUGGCCAUAUAUUUCCCUGUGGAAAUGUACUUUGUACAAAAGAAAAUAGGGGCUUGGACAAGGAAAUGGAUUGUUCUUAGGACAUUUAGCUUUGUUUGCUUUCUUGUGACUGUUGUGGCUUUGAUCGGCUCACUUGAAGGACUUAUAAGCGCCAAGUUAAGCUGAAUAAUACCUGUAAUUCCCAAAAUGAAUUGGGAGAAAACAAUGUGUACGUUAAAGUGUCUACAACUUUGGACCACACAAUGGAAAGCUUGAACAACAAGGUUGACAACUCGAAUGAAGAUCAGAUAAGAAGACAUGACGACCAUAUCUGUUAGUUGUAGUUAUAAAUAUAAUGAUAUGAUGCACUGCUCUGUUACGGUGUGCAGCGAAAGCCAAAACAUGCAGCUUUCUUC